GGUGACGCGAAAGUGACGAGUGGUCACUGAGGAGCAAAGGCCCGAGUCUGGGUGUAGGGACAGCCCCGGAGGCGGCUUCGGUGCGGAAACAGUUCCUCAGGUCUCGCCUGACUGACGAGCUGCCGGAGGAAACCUCCCUCCUUCCAUCUUGGGUCCGCCCACCCCGUGGCUGCUGUGCGUGGGCGGUGCAGCUUGUUAUCUGUGAGGCUGCUUCCGCUCAGAACUUGCCGCGGGAGAGGAGGAGGUGGCGGCAUGGCGGCGUCCGGGCCGACUGCGUUUCCAGGGAAAAUGAGCCAUAAGAAGUACAAGGCUGCACUGAACAAGGAGAGACGGAGGAAACGGAGGCAGGAGCUCGCCCGACUGAGAGAUGCAGAAUUGUCACUGCAAGAGGAGGAAGAAGAUCCUUUGGCUGAAGAAAAACGAUUAGAAGAAGAAAGGCUGAUGGAGCAAGAGAGGCAAAGAUUACAUGAAGAAUGGUUACUGAGGGAAGAGAAAGCACAAGAAGAAUUCAGGGCAAAGAAGAAAAAAGAAGAGGCAGCUCGAAAACGGAAGGAAGAACAAGAGAGAAAGUUAAAGGCAGAAUGGGAAGAGCAGCAGAGAAAAGAGCGAGAGGAAGAGGAGCAGAAGCAACAGGAGAAGAGAGAAAGAGAGGAAGCUGUGCAGAAGAUGCUGGAUCAGGCUGAAAAUGAGUUGGAAAAUGGUGGCACUUGGCAGAACCCAGAACCGCCCACGGAUAUAAGAGUACUGGAGAAAGAUCGAGCCAAUUGUCCAUUCUACAGUAAAACGGGAGCUUGCAGAUUUGGCGAUAGGUGCUCACGUAAACACAACUUCCCUACAUCAAGUCCCACCUUGCUUAUUAAGAGCAUGUUUACCACGUUUGGAAUGGAACAGUGCAGGAGGGAUGACUAUGACCCCGAUUCAAGCCUAGAAUACAGUGAAGAAGAGACCUAUCAGCAGUUCCUAGACUUCUAUCACGAUGUCCUGCCCGAGUUCAAGAACGUGGGAAAAGUGGUCCAGUUUAAGGUCAGCUGCAACUUGGAACCUCAUCUGAGGGGCAAUGUGUAUGUUCAGUACCAGUCGGAAGAAGACUGUCAAGCAGCUUUUUCUCUUUUUAAUGGACGAUGGUAUGCAGGACGACAGCUUCAGUGUGAAUUCUGCCCUGUGACCCGUUGGAAAAUGGCAAUUUGUGGCUUAUUUGAAGUACAGCAGUGUCCAAGAGGAAAACACUGCAACUUUCUUCACGUGUUCAGAAAUCCCAACAAUGAAUUUAGGGAAGCCAACAGAGACAUCUACCAGUCUCCAGAUUGGACUAGCUCCUCCUUCGGUAAGAAUUUAGAGAGGAGGGAAAGGACCAGCCACUAUGAUGAAUACUAUGGCAGGUCAAGAAGACGGAGGAGCCUGAGUCCAGACCUCUCCUACAAGAGAAACGGUGAGCCCGACAGGAAGAGCAGUAGUAAUCACAGGGGGAAGAAGUCUCACAAGCACGCCGCGAAAAGUCGUGAGAGGCGCAGUUCACAAAGCAGAGGAAGAAGAAGGGAUCACAGUCCAGGCCCUCGGAGGAGCCGCCGGAGCCGGAGCCGGUGCCGCAGGAGCCGGAGUCGGAGCCACAGCCACAGCCGGACCCGAAGCCGGAGCGGGAGCCGGAGCCGGAGCCGGAGUCGGAGUCGGAGCCGGAGCCGGAGCCGGAGCCGGAGCUCAUCAAGGUCCAGGAGUCAUGGCAGGAGAAAGUCAGGUAGUCGAGACAAAACUACCCAGAGUCCCAAAUCUAAAUAAACUUGGUUUUUAAAAAAUAUUCUGUCUUUUUAUGGCAGCUACUCACCUGUAUAGUUUGACAAGGCUAGUCAAACAUCAUGUAAGUAGUACUUUUUGAUAAAUUGUGUAUAUAACAACAUGAAAUUACUUGUAGUCCUAACUUUGAGAGCAUCAGUUAACACUGGAGUAAUGCUUUAGUAUUUUUUCAUUUUCGGUAUUUCUCUGUCUCUCCUCUCUAUGUAAGUGUAUCACAAGUACAGAGGUCAGAGAACAGUUUUCAGGAUUAAUUACAGUGAGAUCCAGGAAUUGCACUGAGGUCAUGAGGCUUUAUUCUUGUUAAGUGUCCAUUCCAUACCCUUUAUUUUUGUUCUAUGCAUAUGGGUAUUUGGCCUACAUGUAUUUGUGUGGACCACUUGUGUGCCUAGUGUCCAUGGAGGCCAGAAGACAGUGUCUCUUAACAACUGAACCAUCUCUCCAGCCUAACACACUUUAUUUUUUAACUGAAAGUCACAUAUUGCUUUAAUGUCUUUCACUCAAUUGUUUCAUUUCAUCAAUCCUGAUUCUUUUGUCCCAUAAUUCUUUUUACUCACUACAUUAAUACAUCUAUGCUUCUUUGACAACAUCCCUAUUGAUAACCCUCCUAGAUUUCCUUAAUGAUUUCUGUACUUUUUGAUCAAUUUCUUAAAAUAAACUAUAUCAAGAAAGUCUUCCAGGAAGACUACAAAAAAGGUCAUCUUACAGCUCCCACAGUGCUAAAUUAUCUUGAUCUUUAACAGUUUGGCAAGUUUUAGGUAUUUAAGUGUUUAUUUUUCUCACUAUUUUUCUACUUAAUGGCCAUUCUUUUUGUGCUUUUAAAAUACUAUAUUUUUUCUAUGAGCAGAAGUUUUUUUUUGUUUGCAAACUUAUUUCUUGCUUCAAAGUGUUGAAGUACUCUUCCAUAUUUCUCUUUCCCCAUAUUUACAGUUCCUCCUUCACUUGGGGGCUGUCAUGGUGCAUAUCUUGUUUGAAUAGUGUAUUGUGAAAGUUCUUUAUAUAGAGGCAUUUUGUCAUUUCCCAGAAAAUGAAUUGUCACUAUUAGCUCCAUGCACUGUUAAAAUAGUCAUGGUAUAAUAAUCACAGAAGGGUGAUGAGCGAAGAGAACUGAUUGUAGGAUCACGUAUAUUAUCCCUAGCUUUCCCAAUAACUCUCCUCUCAGACUUUCAACUGUCAUGCUAUGGACCACAAAAUUCAGUGUCAUGUGGUAUUUAGCAGUCUGACAUUUGAGAAUUCAUUAAGGAUGCAUACAAGUCAUGUGCAGUAACUUACUCCAGUAAUUCUUGCACUGGGGAGGCUGAUGCCAGCCAGGGCUAGAAUAAGACCCUGCCUCAUUUUAUUAAAAAAGGCAUAAAACGUUGAAAAAGUUUAACAAAAUGCAAUUUGUUUAAAUUCUAAAUGCCUGCUUCAUACUAAAAACGAUGGAUUUCUAGAUUUACUGGGCUCAUUAAUGCUGAAUAGUUUUAAGUAAAUUUGGUAUUUUUUAAAAAAUACUGAUCAAACUUCAGCCAAGACUAUGUAAAAUUGUUUUGUAUGUAUGAUGCUGGGGCUUCAAACAUGGUAGGCAAGGGGGCUACCACUGAGGUAUAUCCCCAGUCCAUGGUCUUAGGAUCAUGAUGGGAAGGGAAAGGAAAGUUGUCUUUUUUGCUUAAGACAACUGAUGAAGUGGUGACUUUCCCCUCAGAUGUUUGUUGGCCAGUAUUGAGUGCCGGGGAAGUUUAGAAAACGCUGACUGGGUGAUUACCCUGAAGUGACUUUGAGCUUACAUUUACUGUAAUAAAUGGGUGCCCAUGCAUGUGUGUGAUAAACUCCACAUUUCUGACAGGAGCCCACAGGUCUUUUAGGGAACAGCUGCAUUCCUCAAAGCCCAUGUAAACCUACAGAUGUCUGUUUCAACUUAAUUUGCUGAGAAUCCUUUCCUUGUUCUUAACUAUCUUAAGCUUUGAAUGAAACAAUUUCUAUUUGUAGUAGCAGAAGGCCCCAUAACCAUACUACUACUGUAACUGGAAGUUUUGACUUGUUGCUUACAUUAGGCAGCACAGUCAGCAAAUUCAUCUAUUGCAUGUGCUAGCACUUCCUCAUAUGUAGGAGGUGAGGAUUCAUCAUUUGGAUAUCCAAUUAUCUGGAGUAAUCUGAGUUGCUAAAUCAGAAAGUGUCUAAAAGGCAACUGCAUCAAGAUUUUAAAAGCGGCAUUUAUUAAUGGAAAAUAAAUGUGUUGUAAGUUCUUGAUAGCCUAGAAUUAAUGUGAUUUUUUAAAAUGAGCUUGAUGUACAUGAAAUUUCCUACCCUUUUGUCAUUUUUGUGUGUGCUUUCAACCACCAUCACAUUCCAGUGCAGGGGGGUGGACUGUCAGAUGGAGAGGGAUUGUCAACACUAUUGGAAAAAAAAGAACCCUUCCUUCAACAGCUCUGCCUCGUUUGACAGAACAUCUGGAAAGAGAUAAAAGUACACCACAGUGUUUGUAGAACAUUUAUUACCAUUAAUUGGUGAUGUGAUAAGACAGUGUUCAGGCGGCUCAAAGGUUGUUCACAAUCACAGCAAAGCUUACUCCAGCCUAGCACAUACAAGGGGAAGUAGAAACCAGGGAGAUGUGUUCAGGGAUGUGUCAGGAUGUAUAAAAGUGGUGCCGAGCAUUUAUAUAGCUUGAAAAAAUAUAGGGCCAACUAAUGCCAUUUACUUCACUCAACUCUCACUUGGCUAUACGAAAGGUAUCGUUUAAAUUUCCACAAGACUUCUGAUGACUGGGCAGUGACAUGAAAGGAAAGGGAGCUGCCGUCAUGUUUGUAGCAAUUCUAGUUGGAAGGAAGCAACAGGAAGCAAAAAUGAAUUUGGCUUUAACAAGCACCCCAGAAGGAACAUUCAUGCUUUAGAUAAUGACUUUAUAUAAUACUUUGUGAAGAGAACAACAUACUGUUAUGAAGAAUACCUGGUAAUUAACGGUCCUAUUUUGUUUUGGGGCCUUGAAAACAAUUAAGUAACUACAUGAUUAUGACCAUUAAAACUUCACCUCAGGAGUCACAAGUUCCUUGGCCUUAAAAAUUAUGUGCUCAAGAUUAAGAAUGUCUUUGACCUUGUCCCCCUCAUUCAGAAUACUUAAUGAAUUUUAGUGUAACAUAGCAUCAUUCCAAGUUUUCUAAAAGCAUCGAUUCCCUUUGUUUUAAUGUAUGUUGUAUCCAAUAAGGGUCUUUGAUAUCAAUGUGGUUGCUUAAAUUUUCAAUAAACCUUUCAUUUGA